AUGGACGAGAAAGUGAGCUCAAGCAGCGACGACGAGGGCGAGCAUCAGCAGACCGAGGAGAUGGUGCGCCGUCACUCCAUCGUGCGAGACCUCGCUCGGCAAUACACAAACACCUCGCAUCAUUUCCAGGGAAGCCACGCAGAUCUCUUCAACGCCGAGGACCCCGAGUCUCCUCUCAACCCGCACAACGAGAACUUCAACGCUAGAGCCUGGGCAAAGGCCGUGUCGAAGGCCAUGGGCGAGAACGGCUCGGGCUUCCGACAGAGUGGUCUCUGCUUCCAGGACAUGAACGUCUUUGGCUACGGUGCUGAGACCGACUAUCAAAAGGACGUUGGCAACGUUUGGCUUGGUUUCCCCAGCAUGGCGCGAAACAUCUUCUCCCCCAACCAGGGCAAGCGCAGAAUCGACAUUCUUCGUGGCUUCGACGGUGUUGUCAACGCGGGUGAGAUGCUCGUUGUUCUUGGACCUCCCGGUUCAGGAUGCUCGACGUUCCUCAAGUCCGUGUCCGGCGAGACCAACGAUAUCUACAUCGAUGAUAGCACGUACUUCAACUACAACGGUGUCCCCGCGGAUGAGAUGCACAAGCACCACAAGGGCGAGGCUAUCUACACUGCUGAAGUCGACGUGCACUUCCCCAUGCUUUCAGUCGGAGACACACUCACUUUUGCCGCGCGCGCACGAUGCCCACAGAACUUGCCGGCCGGCAUCGACCACAACCAGUACAGCGAGCACAUGAGGGACGUCGUCAUGGCCAUGUACGGCAUCAGCCACACCGUCAACACCCAAGUUGGCGACAACUAUAUUCGCGGAGUUUCCGGCGGCGAGAGAAAGCGAGUCACCAUCGCCGAAGCCACGCUUGCCAACGCCCCCUUCCAAUGCUGGGAUAACUCGACUCGUGGUCUGGAUUCAGCCAACGCAGUCGAAUUUUGCAAGACUCUUCGACUACAGUCGGAGCUCUUUGGCCAGACAUGUGCUGUCUCUAUCUAUCAAGCACCCCAGACCGCAUACGAUCUGUUCGACAAGGCCCUCGUCAUCUACGAAGGAUAUCAGAUCUUCUUCGGCCCCGCAGACGAGGCAAAGGCCUACUUCAUCAACCUCGGCUUCGAGUGUCCCGACCGUCAGACCGCCCCCGACUUCCUGACCUCCAUGACAGCGCCCUCGGAGCGCGUAGUCCGCCCGGGCUUUGAGAACAAGGUGCCCCGUACGCCCGAAGAGUUCGCCGCCAAGUGGAGGGAGAGCCGCGAGUACCAGAUCCAGUGUGUCCAACAACCAAGCUACUUGACUUGGUUGGUUGGGAUUGGUUGA